AUGGCUGGAUUAGGUGAAUGUUGUUCACACGUAGGAGCAGUCCUUUUUUAUUUACAGCAUGCAUUUAAUAUAAAAAGUACAAAAUCAGUAACAGAUGUCUAUGCAUAUUGGGCAGCACCAUCUCUUGACAAAUCUAUCCCUAGUAAAAUAAGUGAAAUACACUUUAAUCAUCCAAAGAACAUGGCUUCCACACAAUCCAAAUUGAAACCAAAAUCUAGUUACAUACAAAAGUUACCUAUAACACUGAAUGAUUCAAAUACAUUUAAAAAUUUCUUAGGAAAAUUACAAACCAUUAAUAAUCAAGCUAGUAUCUUGAAAGUUGUAACACCAUUUAAUUUAAAAUUUGUAAAAAAUAAUUUUCCAAAAAGCUUAACAAAUAUUUUUAAAGAUGAGUAUGCCACAUUAAGUAGAGAGGAAUUAAUAGAUAUAGGUUCAAAAUUAGAUUUUUCUUUAAAUGAAAAUGAUUGUUCUGAUAUAGAGAAAUCAACAAAGCUACAAUCAGAAUCUAAAGAUUGGUUUAUGUAUAGAAGUGGCCGUAUUACAGCUUCUAGAGCUAAGGACAUAUGUACUGUUAAGUCAUAUGAUUCAAACAUUAGUCUUUUAAAAACAAUAUGCUAUCCAUCAACAAAACAGUUUAAUAGCGCUGCUACCAAUUGGGGUAAAAUUCAUGAAAUUGAUGGUAGAAAUGCAUACAUAGAUAAAUUAAAAAACGAUCACAUAAAUUUUUCAUUUACUAUCUCUGGACUAAUAAUUAAUCCAAAUUUUCCAUAUCUUGGUGCCAGUCCAGAUGGAAUAAUUAAUUGUGAUUGUUGUGGGAAAGGCUGUGUAGAAAUAAAAUGUCCUUAUAGUUUAACCAAAGACAAAAAUAUAAGAAGUAUGACCUAUUUAACUAGUGGAAAGUUAAAUAAAAAUCAUCAAUAUAAUUAUCAGGUACAAACUCAGUUGUUGAUAUGUGGUGUCAUUUACGUUGAUUUUUUAGUAUGGUCAUCAUAUGAAGAUUGUUAUAUAGAACGUAUUCAAAUUGACUAUGAAAUAUGUAAUGAAAUAGUGGCUAAAUCAAAAUGGUUUUUUUAUGAAGCCAUCUUACCAGAACUUCUAGGGCGGUAUUUCACUAAUACUGAAAGUUUGUCAGUAAAAAAUAAUAUGAAAAUAAUGCAAAACACUGAUACUGCUAUAGAACCUUAUAAAUAUUGUACUUGUAAGGAAGACAAAGGAGGUAAAUCAGUUAUGUGUACACAGGAAAAUUGCCCUAAUCUUUGGUACCAUUAUGUAUGUUUGGGAAUUAAACGCAAACCAACAUCAAAGAAAUGGAAAUGCGAAUUUUGCAAAUAA